AUGGCCGACGACAUUGUCAUCGACAAGGACCUGUUCCAUGAGCGCUUGGGCAACUUCAUCUCCAAGUGGAAGACGGACAAGCGCGGUGGUGAUCAGAUUUUCCAGGGCGCAGGUUCGAUCGCGACGGUCGUGGGCAAGGCGAGCGAUCCAGGCAGCUACCUGAAGCCUGCUGCUUUUCAGCUAUGGCUGUUAGGCUACGAGUUCCCCGCAACCCUGUUCGUCAUCACACCUGAUCUCUUUCAGAUCGUCACUACCAAGAAGAAGGCGUCAUAUCUCGAGCCUCUGAAGGGUGGCAAGAUCCCCAUCGAGAUCCUCGUUAGGGGCAAAGAUGCGGAGGAGAACAAGAAGCAGUUCGAAAAAUGCUUGGACAUCAUGAAGAAGGCGGGCAAGAAGGUCGCAGUGCUCAAGAAGGACAACGCGACCGGCGGCUUCGCGGAUGAGUGGAAAGCGGCGUUUGGAGAAUCUGGCAUCAAAGACGAGGACCAGAUCGAGCUCGGCCCUAUCCUCUCGCAGGCAGCCAUGUCUAUUAAAGAUGCGAAGGAGUUGCGACUUAUCCGCGAUGCGUCGCGAGCAUCGAGCGCCGUUAUGAGCAACUACUUCGUCGAAGAAAUGUCCGAAAUCCUCGAUUCCGAGAAGAAAGUAUCGCACAGGGCGUUCUCCGACAAGAUCACCAACAAGAUCGACGACCAGAAGUUUUUCGAAAAGCAGAAGGUCUCGAAGAAUUUCGACAACAUGCAGCUGGAUUGGUGCCUGCAACCCACCGUGCAAAGUGGCGGAGGCUACGACCUGAAGUUCAAUGCUGAACCCGACGACAACAACCUGCACGCCGGUGUCAUCGUUUCCGCGCUCGGUCUCCGCUACCACACAUAUGGUGCCCUGAUUGCGCGCACGUUCAUGGUGGAUCCGAAUCGCGAGCAGGAGACAGCCUACAAGAUUCUUCUCUCGGUGCACGAUUUGAUUAUCAAAUCGAUAAAGGAUGGCGUCGUGGCAAAGGACGUGUACAGCAAGGCUUUGGAACAUUUGAAGAAAAAGAAGCCGGAGUACGAGAAGCAUUUCCCAAAGAAUGUUGGCUACGGCAUCGGAACCGAGAACAAGGAUACGGCACUUCUUUUGAGCGGCAAAAACACCCGUGUUCUCAAAGACGGUAUGACCUUGGUCAUCAGCACUAGCUUGCAGGAUCUGGAGAACACCAAACCUCAGGACAAGAAGAGCAAGACUUACUCGUUGGUCUUGGUUGACACAGUCCGUGUCGGUCCUACCGACUGCGCCGUUUUUACCAAGGACACGGCAUCCGACCUUGAAAGCAUCUCAUUCUUUUUCAAUGACGAGGAAGAGGAAGAGAAGAAGCCAAAGGUGAAGAAAGAGUCACGACCAGCUAUUGCGCAGACAAAUAUCACCAAGACCCGAACGCGACAUGAACGACCUACCAACAACGAUGCUGAGAAGGAGGCGCAGCGGCGAGAGCAUCAAAAGGAGCUCCACCAGAAAAAGCAGCAAGCUGGUCUAGAAGAGUACGGCGAGGAUGCUAAAGCUCUCAACGGCACCGAAGAGAAGAAAUUCAAAAAAUUCGAGUCAUACAAGCGAGACAAUCAGCUGCCAACUUCGGUCGCCAGACUGGAGAUCGUUGUCGAUAAGAAGAGCCUCACGGUCAUCCUUCCCAUCAUGGGUCGGCCAGUUCCUUUUCACAUUCAUACCAUUAAGAAUGCUUCCCACACCCCGGAAGCUGACUUUACCUCCCUUCGUGUCAACUUCUUAUCGCCGGGUCAAGGUGUUGGCCGGAAAGACGAUCAGCCUUUUGAAGAUCCAAAUGCACACUUCAUCCGCAGUCUGACCUUCCGCUCGCACGACAUCGAUCGUAUUGAACAGAUUACCAAGGACAUUACCGAGCUCAAGAAGGAUGUUGUCCGCCGAGAACAGGAAAAGAAGCAGAUGGAAGACGUGGUUGAGCAGGACAAGCUUGUACCUAUCAAGAACCGAAAACCUUUCAUUCUCGACAUGAUCUUCCUUCGACCUGCCCUCGACGGCAAGCGUAUCCCAGGUUCAGUCGAGAUUCACCAAAAUGGUCUCCGCUAUGCCCACGGUGCCGGCGGCGUGAAAGUCGAUGUUCUGUUCAGCAACGUCAAACAUCUCUUUUUCCAGCCCUCGCAACACGAACUCAUCGUGAUCAUCCACGUGCACCUCAAGAAUCCCAUCAUGGUUGGCAAGAAGAAAACCAAGGAUGUCCAAUUCGUUCGCGACGCCACAGACAUCCAAUUCGACGAGACGGGUGCGCGCGCAAAGCGCAAGCACAAGGGCUACGGCGAUGAAGAGGAGUUCGAGCAAGAGCAAGCAGAGCGAAGGCAGCGUGCAGCCCUCGACAAGGAGUUCAAGAACUUCGCAGAGAAGAUCGCCGACGCAGCGCGCAACGAGAACGUCAGCGUCGACAUCCCCUACCGCGAGCUCGGCUUCAACGGUGUGCCAUCUCGAUCCUCCGUUCUGAUUCAGCCCACCACCGACUGCUUGGUGCAGUUGACCGAGCCCCCCUUCACCUGCAUCACGCUCAGCGAGAUCGAAAUCGUGCAUCUCGAGCGCGUGCAGUUCGGCCUGCGCAACUUCGACAUGGUCGUCGUUUUCAAGGACUACAAUCGCACGCCCGUGCACAUUAAUACCAUUCCGGUGGAAUCGCUCGACCCCGUUAAAGAUUGGCUCGACAGCGUCGAUAUCCCCUUCUCAGAGGGCCCGCUCAACCUCAACUGGGCCACCAUCAUGAAGACCGUGACCAGCGACCCGCACCAGUUCUUCGUGGACGGAGGUUGGUCGUUCCUUUCCACAGAAUCUGACGACGAGGAAGAAGAGGAGGAAGAGGAGAGCGCCUUUGAGGUGUCCGAGGAUGAACUCGCGCAGAGCGAUGAGAGUAGUGAAGAUGAGAGCGAUUUUGAUGAGAAUGCGUCUGAUGAGAUGAGUGAUGAGGGAAGCGAAGAUGAGUUCUCGGAGGGUGAGGACUGGGAUGAGCUCGAGAAGAAGGCGGCGAGGAAGGAUCGCGAGAGCGGACAUGCAGAAGAGGAGGAGAAGGCGAAGAAGAGGAAGAGGUAG